AUGGAGAACGCUCAUUGCCGCAAGGCUGAAGAUGUUCUCGCCUAUUUCAAUGUGGACGAGGAGACAGGUUUGUCCGACGAGCAGGUCAAACGGAAUUCUGAAAAAUAUGGACUUAACGCGAAGUCUCUGUGGGAGCUGGUAAUUGAGCAGUUUGAUGAUCUUCUCGUCAAAAUUCUCCUCCUUGCUGCCCUUAUAUCUUUCGUAUUGGCUUUAUUUGAAGAGGAUGAAGAUUCCAUCACAGCAUUUGUGGAGCCUUUUGUCAUUUUGCUCAUUCUUGUUGCGAAUGCAAUCGUUGGUGUUUGGCAGGAAAGAAACGCUGAAUCAGCUAUUGAAGCACUUAAGGAAUAUGAACCAGAAAUAGCCAAAGUGUUCCGCAAAAGUCACCGAGGAAUCCAGCGGAUCAAGGCCGUCAAUCUGGUCCCCGGUGACAUUGUUGAGGUGUCCAUUGGUGACAAGGUGCCAGCGGAUAUCCGAAUCACUAAGAUCUUCAGUACGACGAUGCGUGUAGAUCAGUCCAUUCUCACUGGCGAGUCGGUAUCAGUGCUGAAGAUGACUGAGGAGGUGCCAGAUCCACGGGCUGUAAACCAGGACAAAAAAAACAUGCUAUUUAGUGGGACAAACAUUGCCGCUGGAAAGUGCCGUGGUGUGGUCGUGGGGACUGGUCUGUCUACCGAGAUUGGUAAGAUCCGCAAUCAAAUGAUGGCCACCGAGCAAGAUAAGACACCGCUUCAACAGAAACUUGACGAAUUCGGCCAGCAACUCUCCAAGGUUAUCUCCAUCAUCUGUAUCGCGGUGUGGGCUAUCAACAUAGGACACUUCAACGAUCCCGCUCACGGUGGCUCCUGGAUACGAGGUGCCAUCUACUACUUUAAAAUCGCGGUUGCCCUGGCCGUGGCCGCAAUCCCCGAAGGUUUGCCGGCCGUGAUCACAACCUGCCUGGCCCUGGGAACCCGUCGGAUGGCUGCGAAGAACGCCAUAGUUCGGUCUCUGCCUUCGGUCGAGACCCUCGGCUGUACCAGCGUCAUCUGCUCCGACAAGACCGGAACACUGACCACCAACCAGAUGACUGUGUGCCGUGCUUUCAUCUUCUCGCAUGCCGACGAAAACAACAUUGCAACGCAUCAGUUCGAGAUCACCGGCUCCAAGUAUGCCCCCGAAGGUGAAGUAUUCCUCGGAGGCCAGCGUGUUAACUGCGGAGAGUACGAAGGCCUAGUGGAACUGGCCAACAUUUGCGCCAUGUGCAACGACUCAGCCGUCGACUACAACGAGUCUAAAGGACUUUACGAGAAAGUUGGCGAAGCAACUGAGACUGCUCUUUGUGUUUUUGUUGAAAAGAUGAACGUCUAUGGCAUUUCUAAGUCUGGGCUCACCAAGAAGGAACUGGGCAUGGUGUGCAAUCACAACAUUCAAGCCAUGUGGAACAAACUCUUCACCUUGGAGUUCUCGCGCGAUCGCAAAUCCAUGUCCGUUUUUGUGACACCCAAAACGAACACUACGAACCCGCAUCCCGUGGGUGGUGUGAGCACUCCCACCGGACCCGGGGCCCGCAUGUUCGUCAAGGGAGCUCCUGAAGGAGUCAUCGACAGGUGCACUUUUGCACGCGUCGGGUCAAAAAAAGUGGCGAUGACACCUCAAAUUAAGGCCGAGAUCGUAAAGUACGUGGCUGCCUACGGCACCGGCCGCGACACUCUGCGCUGUCUUGCCUUGGCCACGUGCGAUGCGCCCAUACCCAAGGAGCAGAUGGACUUGGAGGAUUCCACCAAAUUCAGAAAGUAUGAGAGCAACUUAACCUUUGUUGGCGUCGUCGGUAUGCUGGAUCCACCACGUUCCGAAGUGCAUGACAGCAUCGUGAAAUGUCGUCACGCUGGUAUCCGUGUCAUUGUCAUCACCGGUGACAAUAAGGCAACUGCGGAAGCCAUCUGUCGUCGUAUCGGUGUGUUUUCUGAAGAUGAGCCCACAACAGGCAAGUCCUUUACUGGCCGUGAAUUCGAUGACCUCCCACUUGAGGAACAACGUGAGGCUGUUCGCCGAGCCCGUCUCUUUGCUCGUGUUGAGCCUGCUCACAAGAGUAAAAUUGUGGAGUUUCUACAGGCCGAUGGCGAAGUUUCUGCAAUGACUGGUGAUGGUGUGAACGAUGCACCUGCUCUGAAGAAAGCCGAAAUUGGCAUUGCCAUGGGCAGCGGAACAGCUGUAGCCAAAUCCGCAUCUGAGAUGGUUCUUGCUGAUGAUAACUUUUCGACCAUUGUCGCUGCAGUCGAGGAAGGGCGUGCCAUUUACAGCAACAUGAAACAGUUUAUCCGAUACCUUAUUUCUUCAAAUGUUGGCGAAGUUGUGAGCAUCUUUCUGACCGCCGCUCUUGGACUACCUGAGGCGUUGAUUCCAGUGCAGUUGCUGUGGGUUAACCUCGUCACCGACGGUUUCCCAGCCACGGCCUUGGGUUUCAACCCCCCAGACCUUGACAUCAUGACCCGACCACCACGAAGCACCUCCGACCCCCUCAUUUCUGGGUGGCUCUUCUUCCGCUACCUCACCAUCGGCGGCUACGUCGGGUGCGCGACGGUCGGCUCGGCUGCCUGGUGGUUUCUGAUCUAUGACAAGGGACCCCAGCUUAACUACUACCAGCUUACACAUCACAUGCAAUGCCUGGCAGAGCAUGACAAUUUCCACGGUAUCGAUUGCCGAAUCUUCGAGAAUCCAAAACCCAUGACUAUGGCUCUGUCUGUUCUGGUCCUUGUGGAAAUGCUCAAUGCCAUGAACAGUCGCUUCAAGGGCAUCGACUGUUCAAUCUUCGCACAUCCCAAGCCUAUGACUAUGGCGCUUUCCGUUCUUGUGGUCGUAGAAAUGCUCAACGCAAUGAACAGUUUUACAUUGUUUAGUUUAUCUGAGAAUCAGUCUCUACUCGUGAUGCCUCCUUGGACCAAUUACUGGCUCCUCGGUGCUAUGAUCAUGAGCAUUGGCCUUCAUUUCAUCAUUCUCGAGGUUGACUUCCUUGCUAACGUCUUCCAACUGACUCCACUGUCUUUCGAAGAGUGGAUAGUCGUAAUCGAGUUUUCACUGCCAGUCAUAUUUAUAGACGAGAUACUCAAACUCAUUGCCCGGAAAUUCACUGAUGGUAUGUUUGUGAUUCUACGCUUGUAG